AUGGAAGGUCGCUGCCAAUGCGGCACCGUGCGCUUUCGCACGCCCACGGAAAAGCCCAUCAAGUGGUACAUCUGCCACUGCCACGAGUGCCGCCGCCAGAGCGCCAGUGCGUUUGGCAUCUCGGCCAUCUUCCCGCACUUUGAUCUGCUUUCCCAGGUUUCCGUUGCGGGGGACGAGUCUGCGUCCAGUUCGGCGCUUGGGAGAGACAACGACAACGACGGCAAGAAUGGUGGCGCCGCGGAUGCGGAGUCUCCCGUCAUCGGUGUCUACGAGCACUCGCGCACGACGUCCGGCCGGGCCAAAAAGUGCUACUACUGCAAAAAGUGCGGGACGCGCAUCAUGAACGUCAGCGUCGCGCCCACGGGCAGUUCGGGCUACGUCGCCGUCAAGGGUGGGUGUCUCGAGGGCAUCGACGGCGACAUCUUCACCGGCGCAACGCACAUCUGGACAAAGAGCGCGUUGGUCCCCAUUCCAGAAGGCGCAGAGUCGUACCCCGAGGAGCCGCCGCCGAGGGCAUAG